AAACGAACGCCACAAGUUGAUUCGCGUCACACAAGUACCUAUCACACGGUCGUUGGAGCAACAGCCCGCCUGGAGUCCUCUGCAGACUAUCUUUCCAGUUUGGACGCCCGUCGUAUGUUCGCAGGACACAUGAUGGUCGGAACUUCGGUGGCGUGCGGCUUGUCGCUGGUCGUCAUACUCAUGUGCACCAUCCCGGCGUCGUUGUCGGCACCUUAUCCGAUGUUACAAGGACAAAACAAUGCGUUCUUGUCAUCAGAAAACGACGGCGAUCCAGAAGUUAUGUUGGAAUUAUUGGCCCGAAUAGGCCAAAAUAUUAUGAGAGCAAAUGAACUGGAAAAUUCUAAACGUGGUCUUGAUCUGGGCUUAAGCCGAGGCUACUCAGGCACACAAGCGGCAAAACACUUAAUGGGCAUGGCAGCAGCCAAUUUUGCUGGUGGUCCAGGACGUCGACGUCGCAGUGAUAUGCUUCCUAAGCUUCUUACACCUUGAACUUUUAGUUUGUUAUAAAUUAUAUCUACAAACAAUUAUAUUAAAAUUUAUACUAAAAU